AUGGAUACUUACACAUUUGCAACUUCUCGACAGAUAGACUUUCCCGUCCAUGUAAAAAUAAACAACUUGGAUGGAACUCCUACUUCCAUUCCCCCUUCGAUUCUUCUACAGCAACCGGAGCUCCGCCAUCUGGGCUCAGUGCAGAAUCCAAAGUCGUCAGAUCUGUACGUGACAGUCCAGCUAUGGGCCGACUCGAAGCCAAUAGGCGUGCAUAUGCAAACGUCCUACAAAUACUUUAAAAAUAGCAGGGUAUGGAAUGAAUGGCUUCGUCUUCCAGUUCUGAUCAAGGAUUGCCCCAUUACUUCCCAACUAGCCAUCACAAUAUGGGACGUUUCUCCAGCAGAUAGCAAUGUUGCAAGAGACCAUUCAGUGCCCUUUGGUGGCACAACAGUUCCUCUGUUUGACAACGAGGGGACUCUUCAGAAAGGACGACAGAAAUGCAAGGUGUACAGGAAGCGGCCUGCUGAUGGCCUCGCAUCCACCACAACACCUUCAACACCACCACCAAAAAGAAGGCGGAAGCAGAAGGACGCCUACCAACCCACUCCCGAAGAGCAGGAACUUGAACGGCUGGAGCAACUGUUCAAAAGGCAUGAGAUGAAUGAAAUGCCUCGUGUCGAUUGGCUGGAUAAGCUAGUCUUCAAAGCUGUGUACCAAAAGAGACAGGAGGCAGAAGAGGCAGCGCGAAAGCAGGCGGCCUCGAGAAGAGCAGUCAGACGGGAAAGGAAGGCGGAAAGAGAUCAGAUCUUGGCACAAACUGCACCAAACGGCCAGAAAGCAGACUUGUCAGACGACGAGGAGUCUGAAAGUGAAGGUGAGGACAAGGAACAAUUCACACUCUACAUUGAAUUUCCGAGAUGGGAUUUUCCCAUAGUAUUCGAGGACUAUGAGUACGAGCCACCCAAAGUUAUCAGACAAUUUCAAAGUAUCCCAACCUCUACCAAUCCUGGUCCGAGGUCCGCUCCAGAAGUGCAACUUGGACCGGGUAUUGCAGGAGCAAAUGGGUUCGAGGAAGAUGAAGCCAGUCGCGUCAUUCGAAUCUAUGACCCAGAGCAGUUUCAACGUGAUAAUCCCUGCGAAAUCAAACAUCGAAGGUUGAUACGAAGCGAUCGGAAUGGUUACAUGGACCGAGACUUGAAACCAAACGCAAAACUACGCGAUGAGCUGAACGAGAUCAUAUCUUAUGGACCCACUCAAGACCUGAAUCCAGAAGAGAAGGACGUUGUAUGGAAGUUCCGACAUCAUCUUAGCAAGGACAAAAGAGCUCUCACCAAGUUUGUCAAAGCAACAAAUUGGCAAGAUCCAAAUGAAAUCCGGCAGGCCAUCGAUCUCAUCCCCUACUGGGCAGAGAUUGACGUGGACGCUGCAUUGGAGCUGCUUGGGCCGACAUUUGACAAUCCGGUGGUCAGAGCAUAUGCAGUGGAUAGACUGAGGAAAGCGGACGACGAAGAGCUUCUCCUAUACCUCCUGCAGCUCGUACAAGCUCUUAAAUUCGAGAAGUACGAAGCCGAAGAAGAAGGUAUCCCAGACUCGUCCCUGGCAAGAUUUCUCAUCGAUCGAGCGACCCGCAAUUUUGUUCUGGGUAACUAUCUCCAUUGGUAUUUGAUGGUCGAAUGUGAUGAGAAAAGUCCAGACGUCAAUAUGACCCACCGGAAACUCUUCGCCCGUGUCGAGUACUACUUCAUGUUAUCUCUCGAACGGAACGGUCCUGAACAACGCAGAACCCUUCUUCGUCAAGGCGAGCUCAUCGCCAUCCUAGACAAGAUAGCCAAAGAUAUCCGCUUUGGCCGCGACAACCGCAUCUACAAGAUCGAACGGCUCAAGAAAUACCUCGCCGACCCCAAAAACGACCUGAUCAAAUACCCCAUCAUCUUCAAAACCGGCGACGACCUGCGUCAAGACCAACUGGUCAUCCAAAUCAUCACCCUCAUGGACCGGCUCCUCCAGAUCGAAAACCUCGACCUAAAACUAACCCCCUACCGCAUCCUCGCCACCGCCGCCUCAGCAGGAGCCGUUCAAUUCAUCCCCUCGACCUCCCUCUCCGCCAUCAGCGCCAAACACCGCGGCAGCAUCCUCGGCUACCUGCGCACCCACAACCCCGACACGUCCGCCCCGCUCGGGAUCCGCAAGGAGGUGAUGGACACGUACAUCAAAUCCUGCGCCGGCUACUGCGUCAUCACCUACAUCCUCGGCGUCGGGGACCGGCACCUGGAGAACCUGCUGCUCAGCCCGACCGGGCACUUCUUCCACAUCGCCCUCGGCUUCAUCCUCGGCCGCGACCCCAAGCCCUUCGCGCCGCUCAUCAAGAUCGCCAAGGAGAUGGUCGAGGGCCUCGGCGGCGCCGCCAGCCCGCACUACGCCCAGUUCCAGCAGUACUGCUUCACCGCCUACAUGACGCUGCGCAAGAGCAGCAGUCUGGUGCUCAACCUGUUCAGCCUGAUGGUGCGCAGUUCGGUGCCGGAUUGA